CCUCAACUCAACCCCACCCCCCCACAAGAACAACAAGCCACAUCCCAUCCCAACUCCACGGUGAGGUUUGAGCGAUCCGAGCAAAAAAAAUCAACCGAGGCGCAGCAACGCAGGUUCGUUCUCUGAACUCUCUGGUUCUUUUAGCAGCAGGGACGCGCAGCACAAGAAAGGUCCGGUUCAAGAGGCUCUUCUUUUGGGUUUAUUAGAAUCCUCAAAGGAAGCGUGUUCUUGGGUUAGGAUUUUUUUUUCUCACCUCAUCACACCUCUCCUAGGAGGAGCAGAGAUCCAGAGAACCUUUUUUCUCUUCUGGAUUCUCACCGCUUCUUUUUUUUUUCUCUGCACAAACACACCCUCGUUUCUCUACUUUUAUUGAGGAACAGGGCUGAUUUCCAAACUUUUUCCUACCCCUGUUUUCAUAAACAAGCUCCUUUUAUUUCUUCCCGUUUUAAGUUCUGCCCAGCCUCUUCUUCUAGCUCCAUCCAAGCUUUCUCCAUCUAGUAGUUCCAAUGGCCGCAGCCAUAGACAUGUACAAGUACUGCAAUACCAGCGCACACCUUAUCGCCUCCUCGUCCCCCUCGGAUCAGGAGCUCGCGAAAGCACUCGAGCCUUUUAUAACGAGUGCUUCCUCCCCCUACCAUCGCUACUCGUUGGCCCCAGAUUCUUACAUGCCUACACCCUCCUCCUACACCACCUCGCCUCUUCCCACCCCCACCUCCUCGCCUUUCUCGCAGCUUCCGCCACUCUACUCGUCGCCUUACGCGGCUUCGACGGCGUCGGGCGUGGCUGGGCCGAUGGGCCUGAACCAGCUCGGCCCGGCCCAGAUCCAGCAGAUCCAGGCCCAGCUCAUGUUCCAGCACCAGCAGCAGAGGGGCCUGCACGCGGCGUUCCUGGGCCCGCGGGCGCAGCCGAUGAAGCAGUCCGGGUCGCCGCCGGCGCAGUCGAAGCUGUACCGCGGCGUGCGCCAGCGCCACUGGGGCAAGUGGGUGGCGGAGAUCCGCCUCCCCAAGAACCGCACGCGGCUGUGGCUCGGCACCUUCGACACCGCCGAGGGCGCGGCGCUGGCCUACGACGAGGCGGCCUUCCGCCUCCGCGGCGACACGGCGCGCCUCAACUUCCCGUCCCUCCGCCGCGGCGGCGGCGCGCGCCUCGCCGGCCCGCUCCACGCCUCCGUGGACGCCAAGCUCACCGCCAUCUGCCAGUCCCUGGCGGGGUCCAAGAACAGCUCGUCCAGCGACGAGUCGGCCGCGUCCCUGCCGGACUCCCCCAAGUGCUCAGCGUCGACGGAGGGGGAUGAGGACUCGGCCUCCGCCGGCUCCCCUCCUUCCCCGACGCAGGCGCCGCCCGUGCCGGAGAUGGCGAAGCUGGACUUCACCGAGGCGCCGUGGGACGAAACGGAGGCCUUCCACCUGCGCAAGUACCCGUCCUGGGAGAUCGACUGGGAUUCCAUCCUCUCAUGAACGAUCAACUACAACUAGUAUUUUAGUAGUAGCAGCAGCAGCAGCAGCAAGGUUCAGUCAGUGAUAGCUCUGUGUAAUUUUCGAUUUGGGGUUUGCAGCUGCGGUGGAUCGAUGGCAUUUUAGACAUCGGCCAUGGCGGCUGUGUUGUGAUGCAGAAGUAAACGUACGUGCUAAUCUCCUGGUUGAGCUGCCGGUUGUUUUUUCUCACGGCACGGCCAGUCGAGAAAGUCAGUGUAAUCCCCUGUUAUGAUCUCCUCUGUUGCAACUUAAUUAAUUCUUCUGGCGUAUGUAUGU